CACCACCAUUCAUAAAAGGCUCCCGUCUUUACGUAUACGCAGACCUCCCAUCGUUCUCCUCUCCAUCUUCCCUUCCUCCUCUCCCCCUCCUCUCCUCUUCUUUUUGCCCUAUCUGAUAGGGUUCCUCGCCAUCUCCCCUCUCUUCGCCGCCCUCCCCUUUCUCAUGCAUUCUUGCCCGCAAGCUCUGCAACUCGCCCUGACCUUCUUGAUAGUCGCGGGAUCUGCCCUUUUUGCACUCUCUCUCGAGGGUUGUUGGGUCGAGACCGGUUCGGAAUCCGCCUCCCAGAGUUCUUGGACCCGUCCCCAUGUCAAAGGUCCUCAGAUUCACUGGAGGUGAGGAUUUUUACUCUGGGGGGUCAAUAUACCCAAGCCCAAAGGAAGCUAGCCUCUUUUUGUCCCUUGGUAAACAUGUGGACGUAUAUUUUCCUCCUCGCAAGAGGUCCCGCAUCAACGCUCCAUUUGUUUUCAGUGAGGACCUAUUCGAGCAGAAAAGGCAGGACACAAUCGAAGUUCUUCCAGAUGAGUGUCUCUUUGAGAUAUUCAGAAGGUUGCCAGGAGGCCAGGAGAGGAGUGCCUGUGCUUGUGUAUCCAAGCGCUGGCUCACACUUUUAAGCAACAUAUGUCCCAAUGAACUCAGAUCACAGAACAAUUUGGCUCCUACUAGUGGGGGAGAGGAAGUGGUCUCUGAGGACGAUGGAUUUCUCUCUAGGAGCUUGGAAGGGAAAAAGGCUACUGAUAUUCGUCUUGCUGCCAUAGCUGUGGGGACUGCUGAUCGUGGGGGAUUGGGCAAACUUUCAAUCAGGGGAAGCAAGUCAUCCCGGGUGACGAAACUUGGUCUUGGGGCAAUUGCACACGGUUGCCCCUCCCUUAGGGCCCUGUCCCUUUGGCACUUAUCUUCUGUCGGAGAUGAAGGUUUACUCGAGAUUGCAAAUGGUUGUCGUCAGCUUCAGAAGCUAGAUCUUUGCCAUUGUCCCCAAAUUACCGACAAAUUUUUGGUCGCAGUUGCGAGGAAUUGCCCUAAUUUGACCAACAUAUCAAUAGAGACUUGUUCUAGCAUUGGAAAUGAAGGUUUGGCAGCUGUUGGACAGUUCUGCCAGAAUCUGAAGUCCAUUUCGAUCAAAAAUUGCCCCGGUGUUUCAGAUCAGGGCGUUGUUGGUCUGAUUUCUAGGGCUGGUAGUGCCUUAACAAAGGUCAAAUUGCAGGCAUUAAACAUAACUGAUGUAUCUCUUGCGGUCAUUGGGCACUAUGCCACGGCUGUUAAUGAUUUAACCCUUACCAGCCUUCAUAAUGUCACUGAGAGAGGGUUUUGGGUCAUGGGCAAUGGUCAUGGUUUGCAAAGGUUGAGGUCUUUGAUAGUCGCUGCUUGUCGGGGUGCUACUGAUUUGGGACUUGAAUCUCUGGGGAAAGGUUGCCCUAAUCUUAAGCAGUUAUGCAUCCGUUCAUCUGCAUUCCUAUCAGAUGGUGGCCUUGUUUCUCUCAUGAAGUCAGCAAGUUCACUCGAGAGCCUGCAAUUGGAGGAGUGCCACAGGAUUACCCUGUCUGGACUAUUUGGUCUUCUCGUUGAUUGUGGGGAUAAACUAAAAUCCCUUGCUUUGACAAACUGCUGGGGAUUUAAGGGCUUUGAUUUUAGAUCACCUCAAGUGUCUUCUUGCAAGUCCCUGCGCUCAUUCUCCAUUCGCAACUGCCCAGGCUUUGUUGAUGCGUGCUUGGUGACACUUGGGAAGAUUUGCCCACAUCUGCAGCAAGUAGAAUUGAGUGGGAUUACAGGAAUAACGGAUGAAGGGAUUUUACGACUGCUUGAAUGCUGUGAGGAUGGUCUUGUGAAGGUUAACCUCAGUGGAUGCAUCAACCUGACGGAUCGAGUGGUUUCAGCAAUGGCUAAGUUGCAUGGUAGGACCCUUGAGGCACUGAUUCUGGAUGGUUGCACAAAAAUUGGUGAUCUGGGCCUGCUGGCUAUCGCAGAAAAUUGCCAACUGCUAUCUGAUCUCGAUGUCUCGAAGUGUGCAAUUUCGGAUUUUGGAUUGACGGCAUUGGCUUGCUCUAGUCAACUGAAUUUGCAAGUCCUUUCCAUGUCUGGUUGCUCUUUGGUGUCAGACAAGUGCUUGCCUGCUCUUAAGAAAGUGGGCCGCACUCUUUUAGGCUUAAAUCUCCAACAUUGCACUGCAAUCAGCACUCGUUCGGUCGACCUGCUUUUGGAAGAGCUUUGGAGGUGUGAUAUUCUCGCUUGAUUGGGAGUGGAUGAAAAUUGCAGUUUCAUCAGACGAUUGGAUUUAUUUAUUAUGAAGACUUAGAAUUCAACUCGGCAUAUGUGGACAGCUACAGUUUGUGUUAGUUUUUGGGUUCAGGAUCCAGCGGAUAUGGGUGAAGUAAUCCAGUGCUUGGUCCUUUUUUCAGGGAAUAUGGCCUUCUUUUUGGCAGGUUUCGGAAUUGGGAAUCUGUUCUUCGUAGUUUUGCCUCCCCAAAACAACAGGAGUCGUUUAUGGCCAGAUUUUCCUGAGAAUAUCCCGGCCAUGUUCUGGUUUAGUUCAUCAUCAGUUUCUAUAGAGUUUUUAUGAUGCCCGGGUUGGUAUCUGCUGUUUUAGCUCGGGAUCAUGCUGGUCAACUAUGCUGCUCACGAUCGGCUUUUCUCCGCUUCUGGAUCCUUGCACUUACAGGAAUAUUUCGGUUCUGACAGGUCUUUCUUGUUCCAGAUCCUUGUAUGUCAUGGGUGGGUCAUUCUUCAGAGUUUUGGUGAUGGUCGCAGUUGCUUUUCACACUUACAAUGCCUUGGUGUUCUAGGGCUCAGGCCAUGGCAGCUGCUCACGCAGUCUGCCAUCACAACCUUCUUGAUGUGAGGUUGUUUUUUCUAACCGAGCCUUGGUUUUCCGGGUAUUGGGGCGUGGAUAGUUUCUCCAACCAUUUCGCCGCACCUCGUUAGAAUCUACCCCGUCUAUAUGUUGGUGUUAUAGUUUGUCACGUGAAAUAAAAGCAGUGUAUUUGUUCAUGUUCU